AUGGCUUCCAGGCUGAAUAACAUCCAGGCCCUGAACAACCUGGCACAAGCAUUUGAGGAGCACAGACAGAAGAUCAUUUCAGAGCAGAGACCGCAGACCACUUCAGAGCAGAGAAAACUGACUCCUUCAGAGCCUCUGUGCAGUGUUCACUCAGAGAAGCUCCGGCUCUUCUGUCUGGACCAUCAGCAGCCGGUGUGCCUGGUCUGCAGAGACUCCAGGACUCACAAAGACCACAGGUUUAGUCCCAUGGAGGAGGCGGCCGAGGACCUGAGAGAGCAGCUGAGGACGUCCAUCAAGCCUCUGCAGGACAAACUGCAGGUUCUGACUGGGAGGAAAGAGCAGUUUGAAGACGCCGCGGCUCAUAUCACAGCCCAGGCUCGACAAACAGAGGCACAGAUCCGACACCAGUUUGAGAAACUGCACCAGUUUCUGUUGGAGGAAGAACAGUCCAGGAUGAAGGCUCUGAGGGAGGAGGAGGAGCAGAAGACUCACAACAUGAAGGACAAGAUGGCCACCGUGAGCAGACAGAUGGAGACUGUGUCCAAAACCAUCACAGAGACAGAGGAGCAGCUGAGGGCCACAGACAUCUCCUUCCUGCUACAGUACAAGUCUACAGUGGAGAGAGUGCAGCGCUGCCCCCUGGUGGAGGAACCACAGAUGGAACCUGGAGCUUUGAUCGACCAGGCCAAACAUCUGGGCAACCUAGACUUCAACAUCUGGAGGAACAUGAAGAGACUGGUGAAGUUCUACCCUGUCAUUCUGGAUCCAAACAUUGCAGAAUCUGAACUCAUCCUGUCUGAAGAUCUGAGCUCAGUGCAGAGUGGACAGAGACGGAGGCUUCCACAGAAUCCAGAGAGACGUAAAGAUCACAUUGUAGAAGGAUCUGAAGUGUUUAGAUCAGGGACUCACAGCUGGGAUGUGCUGGUCAGAGACCAUAACAAAUGGGGUGUCGGUGUAAGUGGACAUGUUCAGACUCGGGGAAAGACUGAGCCUGGAGGUUGGGGUAUACUUUUCAGUGAUGGUAAAUACUCAGCCUGUUCUCCCCCAGACACAGUGAAAUCACUCUCUGUGAGGAGGAGUCUGCAGAGACUCAGAGUGAAGCUGGACUUUGACAGAAGAAGAUUGACCUUUAGUGACCCCGACACAAACACUGACCUGAGCAAAUUCACAUUCACAGAGACUUUCACUCAUGGACUGAUUCCAGUUUUAAUUCCAUACAACAACAUCCCCCUACAGAUUUUACCAAAGGACGUCACUGUAAAUGUAUAA